AUGACCAAGGUACAAGCCACCAAGAGGACCCAUACCACCCCCAACAGUGUGGCCCUUUGGCCCUUUCUCGCCUCCGAUCACACAGCACAGAUCAAAGACAAACCAAUGAAGAGCAUCAAGUAUAUGAAUAAGGACAUCAUAAAUCUGAAAAAAGACCUUAUCCGUAGCCGAUACUUGAUUCAGUCGGUGAAGAUAGGCCGUGGGUAUUUCACCAUGCUGAGGGAAGAGAGUGCGAUGAAAAAGAGGCAGCAGCAGUUUCAGAAACUGGAGGAGGAAGAAAGAAACAAAUUCCAGCCAGCCAAGAAGGUUUCAGAAAUCCAUUUCGGGGACGCUCUUUUGACCACGUACACCGAUGAGAGGAUGAGGAAGGUGGAAGGAGGGACCGAAAUCUUGCUCCGCCCCUUCACCCCCUGGCACAGCUGCAUCUUCUCGCCCUUGCUCCCCCAGGCCCGAGUGGAGCCGCUCUUCCGCCAGCUCUGUGCCCUCCACUGGCUCCUGGAGGCCCUGACCAUCGACCACACCCACCACACCAUGAAGCCUGUGAUCACCUGCUGGAAUCUCAAGGACCCAGGUGGAAGCAAGAGCACAGUGAAAAAAAUCCUUAAGGACAAGUCCAUGGGACAGAAGUGGGAACACUUCGUCACGGCAUCCAAGCAAACCAAGAAACCCAAAGUCCCAGCGCUCCGCACCACCGUCCGAAAGUCAAGCCGGCGAGGCUCCACGCUCAGUCUGUCUCGGACCAGUGGGGGGUCAUCCCCCCAGAGCAGCAUGAUCUCUGUGAACCCGGGCUCCGAUGAGCCUCCAAGUGUGGUGACCCAGGGGACAGGCAGCAAGGACAUCGAGGACAAUGAGUCCUGCUCAACCAAGGCGGAUGAGGAGCCUCUUCAUCUCAAUCUGCAGAAGCUCCUGGAGAUGGUUCGGGAAGAUGCCAGGAGGAGGAUAAAUGUGGUGGACGGGGCUCAAAAGAAAGUGCCCAGCAUCUUGUCCAUGAUGAAACAAAACAAGAGCGAAUCUGCAUGUAAGGACAAAUCCAGUGACAAAACCAGCAGCACAAGUGGAGAAAGCCACACCCAGCUCAUCUCGAAGAAGUUUAAAAGGUCAGUCAGGUGCCGCCAAGCUCAAGCCACGCCCCAUUGCAAGACUAGCGUGUGCACCUCCAUGAGGGCCAAGUUUUACAGCGUGGCCGAGGAGGCUGGCUUCUGUCUCCAGGACAAGAUGGAAAUCCUCAUGAAGCGCCAAGAGGAGCGCGGUCUCCAGAAGUUCAAUUCUUUUUGUCUCGUCUCAACGUUUCAAAAGGACAUAGCGAAAAUGAGGCAGCAGGUCUCCUUAGUAAAAGGAGAUGCGGACGAAAUUGCGGACCACUGGUACUUUGAUCUCUUGUCCAAGCUCCCUGAGGAUCUGAAGAACUUCCGCCCCGCCAAAAAGAUCCUGGCAAAACUACAGAAGUUUGGGGAGAACCUGGACCUGAGGAUCCGACCCCACGUCCUCCUGAAGGUGCUGCAGGACCUGAGGACCUGGGAGCUGUGCUCCCCCGACAUCGCUGUGGCCAUCGAGUUUGUCCGAGAGCACAUCAUUCAUAUGCCUCAACAGGACUAUAUCACCUGGCUGCAGACCCGCCUCAACAUGCCCAUCCGCUCCCACAGCGCCCCUGCAUAACCGCCUCCCAGGCUCACCAGCUGUCCCCAGGAGGGGCAC